AUGGGGAAGGGGGAUCGGAGGGCGAAGGGCGAGCGCUCGGCCAGCAGUGCCGCAGCGGCAGCCAAGGUUGGCACGAUCCACAAGGGCGCCGCGGGCUUCGGGUUCGGCGGGUUUUCCGGCUCCCAGAGGGUCGAGAUCGCGGCGGAGAGCCCUGUGCCCGGGGCGGAGAGGAGCCCAGCGCAGGCACCCAGCCCGGGCGUGUCGGCGGACGCUGCGCCACCGCUGAGCAGCGAGCUCGACGGAGACAUCUCGCAGCACUUCAAGCAAUGCUCGAAGGCCGACCAGGCGACGCGCCGGAAGGCGCUGCAGGCGCUGCGGGCGGCCAUUCCGUCCAAGCCGCAGGCGUCCCUCUGCGUCGCCGUCCUCCCGUGGUGCUACCACUUCAAGCGCCUCGUCCUCGACAACAGCCGCUCGGUCAGACUGGAGGCCGUGGGCGUCGCCACGGACCUGGCCACCUCCCUGGGGCGUGCCGCUGCCCCGGCGCUCCCCCAGCUCCUGGGCCCCUGGCUCAUGGCUGAGCAGGACCCCCACAAAGACACCGCCGCGGCGGCCUCCGCGGGCCUCCAGGGGUUCCUGCCGGGAAGCAAGCGGGACAGCGCGGCGGUGAUGUUCCGCGGCCCGGUGGUGGCGCACCUCGCGUCGGUGCUGGCGUCGGACGCGAACACGCUCGGCGACCCGCGCCGCGAGGAGCCGCACGACCUCGCCGACCGCCGCGAGCGCGCCCACAGCCAGGCGCUGCUGGCGCUCGGGGCGCUGGCCGCGGCGUCCGCGCGCGUCGAGCACGGGGGCGCCGACCUCGCGGGGGAGAUCGUCGGCGUGCUCGAGGCCCGGCAGUUCCUCCCGAAGCACGCGGCGGACGCGAGCGCCAACGUCCGCGCCGCAAUGUACGCGAUGCUGCGCGCGCUGACGCAGGCGCCGGCGCUGCUCGACCGCGUCGAGGCCUGCGUGGCGCCCGUCGUCCUCGGGGCGCUCGGCGAGCGCGAGCCGCUGGCGCUCCCGGCGAUGCUGGACAUGUUGGUGUUGUACCUGAAACACCGCCCGGGGGUGUGGGCGCACGCGGGGGCGGCGGGCGGGGCCGCGCGCGGCCGCCUCGUCGCGGCCCUGCGCGCGAGCUGGUGGGGCGCGUCGGGCGCGUGCGGGCCCGCCACUGCCGUCGUGCUCUCGCUCCUGCCAGAGAGCGUCGUCGGCGCCGAACGCGAGGGCAUCGCAGAGAUGUGCACCGCCAUGUGGCGGGGGGCGAGCAGUGACCCCCUACGUGCGUCCCGGCAGGCCAUGUUGGGCGCGCUUGAGGACUGCGCUGCGGUGGAGCUGUCGCGUGCGCACAGCGACGGCGCGGACGGGGCCGCGGCUGCGCGCCUGCUGCGGUCUUUCAUCGUGGGCGAGCUGGUGCCCGCCGCCACGCACCCCGACACCGCGCCGUACGCGGUGACGGUCCUCGCGAGCGUCGCGACACGCACGACCGGCGCAGCGCUGCGCGCGCUCCUCUCCGCCGUGGGCGCCGCUGCGGCAGAGGCGCUGUCGCCUGACAACAACGCUGACGUGCACGCGGUCGCGACGCUCGUGGACCGCCUGUGCGCGAGGGAGGCCGGCACCGAGCAGCGCGCUGCGCUCCUGCGCCCGCUGCUGGGCAAGCUCUCUCCGGCCGUCGCGGCGGGCACCGCGUCAGACGCGGCGGCGGGCCUGCUGGAGCGACUGACCGCGUCGCGGGAGGUUGCCUGCGAGCUCCCGGAGGCAGACCAGGUCCUCCGUGCCAUCGUCGAGCGAUCCAGGGGCGGCUCGGACUGCUCGGGGUACGGCGCGCUCCUGGUCGGUCUCCUUGCCGCCGCGGACGGUGACGCUGUCAGCCGCGCGGUCACUGUGCUGGCGGAGCCCGCGAACAGGGAGGCGCUGCUCGCGGUGCUGCGUAUCUCCGUGGCGCGCGGGCACGGCGGCGUGUGGCGGUGCGCGGCGCUCGACGGUGCGUGCGCGCGCGAGGCCAAGGAAGCCAGGGGGUCGCCUGCGGCGGCGCAGCUGCUGGGUCUGCUUGCGGGCUCCGAGGGGGAGGCGCUCGUAUCGGCCGAGGCCCUGCCGUUCGCGCUGACUGGACUCGCGGACGCCGUUGGCCAGGGCGGCGCUGUUGCGUCCGCGGCCACGAGCGCCCUGGGCAAGUGCCUGCCUCGGGCCGCCGCGGCGCUGUCGAAUUCCGAGCGUUCCAGGGCGCGCACGGAUGUCGUGAAGGCGGCGCUGGGCGCAGUGCAGCGUGCGGCGUGGCGCGCCGACCGCCGGCUGAUGCUAGACUCAGACGCACAGCUCGACACCGCUGCCGAGGCGGCGGACGCGGCGUGGGGGCGCGGCCGGGCGGGGCUGUACGGCGCCACGAUCGAGGCCAUCCUGGGCGAAGACGCACGGGCGGCAAGUGCGGGUGGGGACCCUCAGCAGCUCGCGGCUGACUGCGUGGAUGUCCGCGGCUUCGUCGCGUCGCGGCUCAACGGAGCGAUCUCGGACACGCAGCCGCGGGCCGAUGCGGACGCGCUGCAGCCGUGGGCGGAGGCCUGGGCCAGCAGGAUCGUGGACACGGUAGCCAGCGAGCGGGGCCCUCACACGGCGGAGGCCCUGUUUGCUCAUGCGCCUUGGACGGAGGUCCUCGGCGACGACCGGCCGUGGUGCCCGUCGGCGGCGACCGAUCGAAGGAGGUCGCCGCUGCUGCACGUGUUGUCCCACGCGCUGGACCAGGACCCGGAGGCGACGCUGCGUGGGAAGUGGGGGCCCCGCAUCUUGGUGGCGCUCAGCGCGGCGUCUGCGCCGGGCGGGGCUGACGCGAAGCGCUACGCCGCGGCGCUGCAGUCGUGCCUGCGCCGCUCGGUGACGGACAGCGGCCUGACGGAGGUGGUGAUGGCUGCCGCCAGGAGCGCAGCUGCGGUGCAUCGCGGCACGGACUCCGCGACGGCGAUGCGCACUGCGCACGCGCUCGGGAGGCUGCUCGCUGACGCCGCGAGGGCGCACCACGCCGUCGAGGGGGGCACGUUCCUGAAGAGGAUCGUGGAAGGGGUAGCACAUGAGGCGGUCACGGCGCAGGAGGGGCCAACGCUGCUUGCAACGCACCAGAUCGCCGGUGUGCUCAUCGAGCACGUCGUCGGCGCAGCCGUUGCGCAUUUCGGCGACCUCGGGCCCGUCGCAGACGUCCUGCAGCGGUCGGUGGAACGGGCCCGCGCUGGGCCAACGCCGUUCGCUGCCGUGUCGCAGGGCAUCGUUGACCUCGAGGCUGCACUCGCACGCGCAGAGCUUGCGAUCGCGUGUAUGCGCGGGAUGUGCGUCGCGGCCGAAGACCCGGCUCUGGCCAGAGCGUUGAAGUCCAACACCAGGGGUGCUGACGCAGCGAUCCUGACGCUGCUGCGGCGCAACCUGACGGACGAGCGCGCCACGCGCGACGAGCUUCACGAGGCUGAGGACGAAGGCGGGGCUCUCGCGGAGCUGUGCGCGAAGGCGACGCGGCAGCUCCUGGUGACGUGUCGCUGUGCCAUCAUCGUGUGCGCAGACGCCCUGGCCGACGAUGACCUGCCCGCGCUGCUCGAGUGCACGUCCCUCGGCAUGGCCGCGUGGCGGCAGAGCCUUCAAGCUGCGGCUGAGGCCGUCGCCGACGGCUGCCAGGACGCGUUCGACACGGAGUGCGCCGUCCACGAGGUCGCGGACGCUGGUGACGACGACGCAGCGACGCCCCUCGACGAGCGCAUCCGCAAGCUGGCGCGCGCCGACGCAGUCGACGCUGUGUCGGCGGGGGCGUUCCUGGGCUCGGUGUCCACUGCGCUGCGGGAGGGGUCUCUGGGGACCGCGGUGCGAGCGCCGGGGGGCUCGGACGCGGUCAACGCCGCGGCCGCAGCGGUGUCGAGCGCAGUGCGCAUCCGCAGCGCGGCCGGCUUCGGCGCCUUCGUCACCUCGGCUGCAGCGGACAUCGUCAUGUCGGUUGUGGCGGUUGGGUCGGUGCACGCGGUCGUUGAGGCUGCGGCCGCUGCGUGCGCAUCGGCGGCGCCGGAGCGGGCGGAAGAGCUCGUCGAGGCGUGGAUCGAGGAGCUGUCCGGCACCGCGGCGGUGUGGCGCAGCGCGAACGACGCGCUGGCACACCUGGGGCCGAAACAGGCCGCUGCGGCGGUCACCGAGGCGCUGGCCGAGGUCAAGGACUGGCACGAGCUCUCGGGCGCCUCGACUGCGUCUGCGCUCGUCGAGGUCGCCGCGGGCGGGCCGCACGUCCCGCGCCACCUGCGCGCCAGCGCCGCCUGGACCCUGUGCGCCCCCGGGGCCCUGGCGCGCAUCGCGCUCGACGUCGACCACGCGGAGACCGCCGUGCAGGACGAGGCGAUGGAGCCGGAGGGCAUGGUCGAGGACUGCGGCACGGGCGAGCGCACGAUGCCCGAAAGAGAGAGGGACGCCGGCGCACCCGCCGCGGCCACGCCGGAGCCGCCGCGGAGCCGCGGGCAGGACGUCGAGCUCGCCGUCGGCUCGGACGCGACGCCCGAGCAGCUCCUGGAGCGCGCCGGGCUCUGUCCGGCGCUGGUCCGCGCGCUGCGGCGGCCAGGCCUGGUUCCGUGGGCGCUGGUGCUGAUGCUGCUGGACGCCGGCGGGGAGGGCGCGUCGGCGGGGGCGGACCCGUGCGCGCGCGUGGAGCAGGUCCUCGGGGAGUACUCUGAGCUCGUCGCCCCCGCGCUGACCGCGGCCGCCGCGGCGACGGUCGUCGGCUGGGAGGCCGGCGCUGGCCCAGCGCCUUCGUCUCCGAGCACUGCGCCGCUCGCCGAGCUCCUGCUCGCGGCGCUGCGUGCGGAGCACGGCGACGACGACGACGAGGGCUCGGACGACGAGAGCGACGACGGGCAGGGCAGCGCCACCGCUGCGUUCUGCCGCGCUGUGUUCUCCGGGGUGCUGCAGCGGCUCCCCGGGCCCGCGCGGCAGUGGUUCGUGGAGCUCCGGGACCGCCGGCUGGCCACCGCGGUCGAGGAGUACGUGUCCGCGGUCGAGUCCCCCGCGGCGAUCGCGCGGGAGAUCGCGGCGGCGCAGGACGCCGGCGGGAAGAUGCAGGCCGACGGCCUGGACGACGACAACCAGUUCGAGCUGCGGGCGAGCACGGGAACGCGCGAGGUGUCGGCGCUCCUGGAGGUCGAGGACGGGGCGUCGCUCGAGCUAUGCAUCAAGCUGCCGGCGUCGUGGCCACUGCGGCACGCCGAGGUGGAGUGCCGCCGCAAGGUCGGGCUGACGGACAUGGAGCUGCGGAAGUGGGUGAUGGGCGUGGCGGUGUUCCUGCGGAGCCACAGCGGGACGGUGGGCGAGGCGGUGUCGAUGUGGCGCCGGCGGGCGCUCCGGAAGUUCUCCGGCGUCGAGCCGUGCCUCAUCUGCUACUCGGUGGUCCACCCGGCCAACCGCUCCCUCCCACGCAUGUCCUGCCAAACCUGCGCGCAGAACUUCCACGCGCAGUGCCUGUACAAGUGGUUCAAGUCGAGCGGAAAGAGCAACUGCCCGCACUGCCAGUCGCCGUGGUAG